AUGAAGAGUUGCGGUGUAGUUGACCUCUUAAAGGAAGUCCGUGUCUAUGCACGUCACCCUACGGGGGUUUCUUGUUCUGAGACUUACCUUGAGGAGCUAAUGUACCACCUCCUGUCCGAUCUCCUUCGCGACGAAUUCGUUACCAAGGAGCUGGAGACCUAUAUUGUGGUCCUCAUAAAUUGGAGAAAAGUUCUCUAUGCUAUGGACUGGCCCAAUAACCUUCGACGAUCACAGGGGAAAACCGUCGUUCGUCCUCCUUCUACUGCUGUACUUGGGACUAUUUGCCCCAAAUUCUUUCCACACUUAACCACGUUGCAUAGGCACGCUCUAGUGUCCUGUGAAUCUCCCAGGAACGUUUGUGUUUUCCUCGCCUUUGAUGGUUCCUUCUGAGCUUGUGGCCAGGUCCUUAAUGGUUACAUUUCCUUCUCCUCUCGAGUUACUUCCAGCUGGUCGCCAAUUUCAGUAUACGGUCGUCUGGUCAGGUAACCUCAUAAUGUGUUUCCUUUCUGUCAAGAAACACUCAAGUCUAACCGAUCCGCUGCUCUCCCGAACCUUGAGGUUCAGCUCUGGAUCGUAACCAUUGCUUCGCUCAAGAUGAGUGGCUUUGGUGCCUCUCUUUACAUUUUCCACGAUCAGAAAAUCAACCUCUCUAAAUUCUCCAGCUCCAAAUAAAAAAAAACACCGAGCCUUUUAGUUGCAUGUUUAGUAGAUCCAUAGCAGCCGCUGCUAGGCACUUUACCUCACACAGUACCGACAGCAAGCCGUGGGUCGAAACUUUUAAUAAGCUCUGUCGUCAUUUUUUUCAAUCUUUACAUGACUUUGUUCUUGUAAACCGUCAGCCGUUAACAGAUGUCGCUGCCCCACCAAGCUAUCUCUACCAUCCUGCCAUCUGAUUUUGCAAGUUGCAAUUCACCAGCUUGUGAUUACCCCCUCUGUAGAGUCUGCUAUAGUAGUAUAUGGUGGAUCAAAAUGAACUAUCUUUUUCGGUGGGCGUUAUUGCUGUAUUUUAGCUUUUUUGAGCUCAUCCUCACUAUAUUCGGAUGAGCUCAAAAAAGCUAAAGUACAGUAAUAACGCUGACAGAAAAAGUGCAGUUCAUUUUGAUCGACAAUAUGCUACUUGAGUUAUAGCAGCAUUGAAACGAAUUUCCCUUGGCUGCCAAUGGAAACGGUCGGUCUUCGCCCACAAAAACGGGUUUCCCUGGUGCAAAAAAAACAGGGAACAAAUGUUUUGAUUGAUGGCUUGCCGAGGCGGCCACAGCGGACAACCGCGAGUAACCAAUUAGAGGGCUAUUAAAUAUAUACAACGAUGGAAACCCACUCGUUCACAUCAGCACCAGAACAAAUGUUUGGCGCCGUAACCCCACAAGGGCUAUUACUGCCCUUAAGGCCCAAACCUGCGCAAAGGGAGCCUGUGCCACGAUCAAGAAGGACAAGCGCGCAGACUGCGAAAAUAUGACCCGUCCCUUUAUCCAAAAAUUACAUCGUAGCAGCCUUACCAGCGAGGCGCAAUAUACCAGCCUGGUAUGUGAAUGUGACCCAAGCGUAUCAAAUCAUUGUUGUUAAGGGGCAAGGGCAACCAGUCAUCACAUCCAUCAACUUUCACACUUGAAUCGUUCGCUUUAGAGGCAAAUAAUGGAUAGAGUCGAAGGGUUUAAAAGAAAUUAUUCUUAUUACAACCGGCUUAGAAAUAUCGAAACCGAACAAAACGAUUGCAUGGCUGGAAGAAGGAAAGAAAAGUCGGUGGUUUAACAAUCGUGGAGAGGCAAAAGGCCGAAUACAGAGACAAGAAACAGCAGAAACAUUCACUCGGCCCAACACAAAAUAUGCUUUCGUUAGUUAUAUGUCGAUCCAGUGCAAGGUAAUUUUGGACAACCAACCGCUGCAUGUUGAGAAGGACCAAGAAAGGUUUGUAUGCAUUGGAUACUUUCAACGACAAUCUGUGUGUUUUUCGUUGUUUGGCAGUGCAAAGAGGAGCGCAUAAAAAGAAUAAUCUGAAAGAAACAAGAUGCACCAUAUCCCGUUAAUUGCGAGGUAUUUCAACCAAGCAAUCAUUAUUUACGAUGUUUCGGAUGAAGGCGUGUUUGGGUUAUGUGGUCAGUUUACCCCAGAAGAGAAAGAAGAAAAAGAAGAACAAUAUCGACCAAUGACCAUCGAUCAGUUUUACGCCAUACUGCAAUGUGCAAAAACGGGCAAACAAAGAUAGUCUGUUUAGAAGAAAAGAUUUGGGCGCCACAGUUCCUGUACGAAAGAGCAUUUUAUCCAAGGGGUAGAUACGGAAGACCGCCUUUUAUUUGCUAGAGAGCGAGGCAAAGCGGCAUGGAAUCCACAUCCAUUAUCAACUGCGUGGGCAGGGAGGUGAGCGGUUGAUCGCGGGCAUCCAGUGGACGAGUAUCAUCACGAGAGUAAAACAGUAUACUAGUUCCAUGGUUGUCAUUUCCACGGAUGUUCACAAUGUUACCCGGACAGAGAUUAUGUUUUGAACAGGAAGAAAGGGAAGAAUGUAACAGGAGAUGUAUAUUAAGAAUGUUGCAAGGAAACGAAACAAUCGUCCAAGCGGAAUACAAGUUGGUUGUGCGGUGGGAGCAUGAGAGCAUGAGGGACCAUACCCAAGGCGUUGCAAGCUUCCAUGCAAGCAGAAUGAGACGUUUCCACAUGCAAUUGUGUUCAAUUUUAAGGCUAUCAAGACCCUGGGAAAAGGAGACGCCCACCACAGAUUUGGUUUUCGAGAGCGAGUACGUCCCUUUAUCAGUGUCCCUUGCGGACACGUUCGACGGAGAGCCGAAGCAUAUUUCAGCAAAAGACCCGAAUGAGCCGUUAAAAAAGUUCUGGGAAGCGUUGGUGAGGCGAAGAGAAAUUUUGAGGGAGAGGAUACAUGCCGGACGAUACGUGCCGGAAGAUUACGAGCUAUUGUCGAAAAGAUAG